AUGGCGACCAUACUACCACCCGCAAGCAAACGGCAAAAGCGCGAGUUGACCGAGAAAACUCGGGAGCAGCAAGAGAUUGACGUGAUCCCCAGCGAUCUGGGCAGUAUUGUCGUGCAAUUCAUAGACGAAUCGACCGGAAAGCCGACAAAAGGCGAGAUCAAAAUCCCUGUCGCAAACACCACCGUCAAGGAGCUUGAAACUAUUCUGAACAGUAUUCUGGAACAUGAUGAGCACGACCGAGUUCCGUACAGGUUUGCAUACAAACCAGAAAGCGAAGACGGGCAGGCAAUUGAUGUUGUAUCUGAUCUGUACCGUUCCUUGCUUAAAACCGGCUUGAAGACUACCGAAGAUGUGAUUCGUCUCAACUACACACCGCAGGCAGUGUUCCGCGUGAAAGCGGUCUCGCGAUGCUCGGCAGCGAUAGCCGGCCACGGUUCAGCCAUUCUGGCUAUUGCAUUUUCUCCCGUUUCGUCGUCGACAAUGGUUACUGGCAGCGGUGACAACACGGCUAGGAUCUAUGAUUGUGACACAGGCACGCCCGUGGAAACACUCAAGGGACAUACAGACUGGGUAUUGGCUGUCUCCUUUUCGCCGAAUGGGCAAAUUAUUGCCACAGGAAGUAAAGAUAAGACUGUCCGGCUCUGGGCUGCCGCAAAGGGCAAGCCUCUAGGAACACUCAAAGGCCACAGCCGGUGGAUUAACAGCUUGGCAUGGGAGCCGUAUCAUACACAAGAAGAAGGGCGGCCACGACUGGCAUCUGCGUCAAAAGAUACAACGGUGCGUGUUUGGGACGUUGUUAACAAGAAGAUUGAGAUGGUGCUUAGCCACAAAGACUCGGUGACGUGCGUUCGCUGGGGUGGCAUUGGAAAGAUCUAUACCGCUUCUCUUGAUAAAACCGUGCGAGUCUGGUCUGCCAAAGAAGGCACGCUUAUCACGGCACUGAAUGCGCACACGCAUAGAGUCAACCAUCUGGCACUCUCAACUGAUUUCGUGCUUCGCACCGCAUUUCAUGACCACACGCAUAAAGUUCCGGAAACAGAAGCCGAAAAAAUCGAGGUAGCCGAAAAGCGGUUUGAAAAGGCCGCUACUAUCGGGGGAAAAAUCAGCGAGAGACUAGUGUCAGCCAGCGACGACUUUACCAUGUACCUAUGGGAUCCAGAAGCCUCCACGAAACCUGUUGCGCGGAUGUUGGGUCAUCAAAAGGCAGUCAACCAUGUCACUUUCUCUCCGGAUGGGGCUCACAUUGCCAGCGCUUCUUUUGACAACCAUGUCAAGCUAUGGAAUGCACGGGAUGGCAAGUUCAUAAACACACUCCGUGGCCACGUUGCUUCAGUCUACCAGUGCAGUUUUUCGGCGGAUUCUCGACUGCUCGUGAGCGCGUCUCAGGACAGCACAUUGAAGAUCUUUGACGUCCGCACUGGCAAGAUGGUCAUGGACCUUCCUGGCCACGAAGACCAGGUGUUUGCGGUCGACUGGUCGCCAGAUGGCGAGAGAGUCGGUAGUGGAGGCGCGGACAAGAAAGUGAGGAUAUGGAGGCAUUGA